UAAAGGGAAACUAAGUGGAAGAGGAGGGAAACCCUCCAGUCAUUCUCCCGGGGGGGCUGGGAGACCAAGGCUUCCCGGUCCGGCGCGGCGGGAGAAGAGGCGGUUUUGGAUUUAAGGUGGGAGGGGAGGGGCGGAAGAGCUCCGGUCCGCAACCCUGCUGGAGAGCCGUGCUCGGCUGCUCGAGCUCCGGACCCCCAGCUCAGCCGGACGCGUCCUAGGCGCACCAUGACCGAAAUCACCGAGAAGGAGAACGACCCCCAGCACAGCACGGAUGCGCAGCAGACCCCGAGGACCGGUUCCUGCCUGCAGGAAACAAAGCUGCAACGGUUCAAACGCUCUCUCUCACUCAAGACCAUCCUGCGCAGCAAGAGCAUGGAGAACUUUUUCCUGCGCUCCAGUAGUGAGUUCAGGCUGCCCUCUGACGUCCUGCUCAGCCCUCCUGAUUCCGCGCCACCCCCUUCUCCACCCCCAGCUCCCACCGAAGCAGAACCCUCCCCCAGAGCCCUCCACAAGUCCUUGGGGACCCUCAAGCCCAUGAAGACCCACAGCUUCCAGGAACACAUCUUCAAGAAACACAACCCUUGUGAAAUUUGCCAUCAGCUUAUUGUAGGAAACUCCAAGCAAGGCCUACGAUGCAAGACAUGCAAAGUUAGUGUGCAUCUGUGGUGUUCAGAAGAAGUUUCUCAUCAGCAGUGCCUGGGCAAGACACAGGCAACCUCUUUCCGCCGUAAUCUCAGUUCUCCUCUGCUGCUGCAUGAACCACAGCCCCAACCAGCCCCAGCCAAGGAAUCUCCCCCUGCAGCAGGCCCCAGUGGAAAGGUGGAUCCCAUUUAUGAGACUUUGCGCUACGGUACUUCUCUGGCCUACAUGAAUCGCUCCAGCUUCAGCAGCACCUCAGAGUCUCCCACCAAGAGUCUGAAUGAGAAGGAGGAAACAGCUCAGAACACAGAAGCAGGUGGAUCAACAGCAGAGGAAAAUAUGACUGAUAACGUUUUCUCAGUGGCAGCAGAAGGCGAGGGCCCCGUGUUGGAAGAAAAGAACUCAGGGCAACAGCCAGCUCAAGGCUGUACGCGCAAAGAGGUCUCACCCAUGUACUCUUAUGUUGCUCUCUACAAGUUUCUGCCUCAGGAGAACAAUGAUCUGCCACUGAAGCCUGGAGACCGAAUCAUGCUGAUAGAUGAUUCCAAUGAAGAUUGGUGGAAGGGAAAGAUGGGAGACCGCAUCGGCUUUUUCCCAGCCAAUUUUGUCCAGCGAGUUCGUCCAGGUGAAACUGUCUGGAGAUGCUGCAGGACUUUCUGUGGGAACAAAGAACAGGGACAGCUGAGCCUUAAAGAAAACCAGAUCUGUGUUGGUGUGGGGAAGACCAAAGAGAAUGAAGGUUUCAUCAAGGUGACAAGUGGCAAAAAACGAGGGCUGGUGCCUGCUGAUUCUCUGACCGAAAUUUGAACGUGAAAGGAGAGUGAAAAGCAAAGUGAGAGAAGUAUAAAAGAGGACGCCUUGCAAGGCGAGGGCAGCUGCCUUGCGUCCCUCCAGGCCACCCCAUACCGGAGCACCUGGACAAUCACUGUUUCACGGAAUCUUCCCACUGGAUCCUGAGAACAGCUUUUGUGGAACGAAUGAGAGGCUGGGGGGGAACUGGCAGGAGCACCACUUACUGCUUUUAUCCAUGUGGGGCUUGAAAUUCACCCUGGUUUGACUUAGUUUCUCGUCACAUUCACUGCAGUCUGUAAAGGUCUUUGGUGAGAGCUCUGUGUUGUGAGUGUGAGGGAGAUUUCUUCUGCUGUAAUUCACCCUUGUUCUUCUUGUCUUUGGACCCUGGCAACAGAUGCCAGUUGAUAAUCAACUAGCCUUAACUUAUUGGGAGGGGUCUAUCUUAGUAUAAGGCUCUUGUCCCCCUCCCAUUUUCAGAAGUUCCCCAGUCAUUCUGUGUUGCAUGCAAGCUACCCAUGGACAUGCAAAGUCCUCCUCUGACCAAGGAGGCCACACUGGUGUGUUGGUCUAUGUGUUAGUUUUCUUUCUCUGUAUGUUGGUGUGACUGUUUGCUCACAAUUGGUAUCACCUUCUGUCAAAAAGAUGAUGUGGCAGGGCAAUCAUAGACAGCCUUUUAUUGGUCACGUACUGAGGAGUCUUAUCCUGGAGCCUCUUCUGCUUACCUUUUAGGAGGCCAAAUGGUUUGCAAUUCUGUUGUCCCCCUUCCUGGCUCCUGGGGGUACUCGUACAACUUUGUUUGCUCCUCAGUGUGUGGUGGAUAACCCACCAUAUAACUGAUGGCAGCAUCGACCAUUUCUCAGGGACCUUCCUUAGCCAGAUGGUUUUUUUUUUAACUAAACUGAGAAUGUUACUGCAUUGCUCACUGGAGGAGUUCAAAAACCUUGGUUACUCCAAAUUUCCUUGUUUUCCCAGCAUGCUUUCAGCUACUUGUCAUUUGCAGAUGUAUUUUUGUAAAAAAAAAAAAAAAGGGAGGGAAAGAAAAGAAAAGAAAAGAAGAAAAAAAGAAGGAAAAUGAAAGAAAGAAAAAGAAAAGAAAGAAGAUUUUAAUUCUAUGACUUGAAAAGAGUUAUUUAACAUAGUAUUUGCCUAGACAUCCCUAGUAUGACUAAGCUGGUAUUUUCCAGACUUGAUUUGCUGGUUAAGAAGGGACUCCUUGUUAAAUCCUAUGUAUCUAAGGCCCAGUUGGCAUACAGGUAGUCCUCGCUUAACGACUGUUCAUUUAACAACAGUUCAAAGUUACGACGGCCUCAAAAAAGUGCU